AUGCAUAACCAGAGCUUUGUCAAUGAGUUUGUACUCUUGGGGCUUUCACAGAACCCUCUAAUUGAGAAAAUAUCAUUUGUUAUAAUUUUAUUGGUCUAUAUUGCAACUGUUGUGGGUAACAUGAUAAUUGUGGUGACCAUUGUCUACAGUCCUACACUGCUAGCAUCCCCUAUGUAUUUCUUCUUGGCAUUCCUGUCAUUCCUGGAUGCAUGUGUCUCUUCUGUUGUUACACCAAAGAUGAUUGCAGACUUGGUUUAUGAGCGGAAGACGAUCUCUUUUGAAUGUUGCAUGACACAGGUCUUUGCUGUGCACUUUUUUGCUGCAGUGGAAGUCACCAUUCUGGCAGCUAUGGCCUAUGACCGCUAUGUGGCCAUUUGUAAGCCACUGCACUACUCUUCCAUUAUGAACAGGAGACUCUGUUUUACUCUAGUGGGAGUGGCCUGGGCAGGAGGAUUCUUACAUUCUACCAUACAAAUUAUCUUCACUUUGCAACUGCCCUUCUGUGGACCCAAUGUCAUUGAUCAUUUCAUAUGUGACUUGUUCCCAUUGCUGAAGCUUGCUUGCACUGACACACACAUUUUUGUCAUUUUGGUGUUUGCCAACAGUGGGUCUUUCUGCAUCAUUAUAUUCUGUUUUUUGCUUGUUUCUUAUGGUGUCAUUUUGUUCUCUCUGAGAGCACAUAGCUCUGAAGGGCGACGUAAGGCUCUGUCCACCUGUGGAUCCCAUGUUACUGUUGUAGCUUUUUACUUUAUUCCUUGUAUAUUAAUAUAUGCCCGACCUACAUCUCCAUUCUCUUUUGAGAAAAAUGUGUUUGUGUUUACGGAUGUCCUUACACCAUUGCUCAAUCCUAUGGUUUAUACUUUCAGAAACAAGAAAAUGAUGAAUGCCAUCAGAAAAAUGUGGAAGACAUUUACAGUGGUUUCUGAUAAAUAA